AUGCCGGAAGUGGGCUACUACUACUCCCGAAUAACGGCGGAGAUUGUGACGAUCGACCGUAUAAUUAGCAGCGCGGAGGCUCCCCAUGUUCUCUUCGAUUGGAAUUCCAUUCGGAUAGUGGGAAGCGAUGCUGGAGCAUACGAGAUUAACUUUGUGGUACACGACGAUAUGAUAAGAGCGGCAGCGAAUGCGAUUGUUCGUGAAGGGUAUCCCCUGUGUGCAAACCGGGCCUGUCCUGAAUUCCAGGAAGAUCGUCUCCCUGAGAUAGAUUCAAUGCCGGAUGAGACCGAGCAGGAGUACGAUGCAAAGCUCGACAAGGCCUUUAUGACUUGGCAAGAUCGGUUCCACCCUAUUGCGGAAGCCCAUUUCCAUGCCCCCGCUGGAUAUGUGCUCUCGCUGCACCGCAAAUCUCGCUUGCUCUGGUGGCUCCCUGACUUCCCUGUCAGGGCUCCCCCGCUAGAUGAUCCCUAUCUGGUGCGCACAACCGACUUCAGGCGCCUACCGGCACGCGGGCUUGAACAUUGGCCAGGCGUAAUCGAUUUAGACCUAGAAAUAGACCCUGCAAGCGGAGAAAGCACCGGUCCCUGGCGGCACCAGGAUCCUGUGACAAUACUGAGUAUAAUAUCACACGUUGAGGCCCUUAUCCUGCUACUUUGCCGCGACUUCCAUCUGAACCGGAGGCUUGACUGGAGGUGGUUCAACAUGCUUACUUUUCUUGGAGAGAGAAAGGUCCCCGGAGAGGAUAUUAUCAGGUAUAAGCUGCGAAGUGAACUGCAGCCAUUCUGGGAUCAGCUCCGUGGACAUACCCCUGUAGCACCAGAUGCCAAUAUCCUCGCACCGUUAUACGAGCUGCGUGAUAAACUGAUCCAGGAAGAUAGGCUUCCUGGCCUGCCGCCCGCUAAUUACUCCUCGAAAGACCUUUACCAGUUCGAAUUAACCAAGGAUUGGGCGACUGAUGCAUCCUUGCAGCGCUCGUGCGUUGGGAAAGCUCGGCGGUGGAUAGAAUAUAAGAUGAUGCCUCCGUGA